AUGAAACUCUCCGGCAUCCUGCUCCUCCUCGCCUCGUCCGCGGCAAACGCGGCAGCUGCCCCAGGCUCCGAGGGACCGCCGCCGCCGCCUUCAAAUCCCGCAUACGUUUUCUCGAACCCACCGGCCUCCGACUCGUCCAUCAGAAUCCCGACCUCGCGCGAAUCGGCCGCCAUGGCGCGGCGGAUCCUCGCACUCACCCCACUGGCAACCUUCUCCACCGUCUUCCCCGCGUCUCAGAGCCACCCGGAAGUCGCCGGUAUCCCGAUCGGCUUGAACGACUACAUCGCCGACUGCGAGGAAGGCGGAAACCCGACCAUCCUCUCCCUCAAGAUCGGAACGUCGUUCCGCAACGUCGCGCACGGGAGCAACAUCAGCCUGGCGCUGGCCUGGGUUCCGCCCUACCCGCCUAGCAGGCGCAUCAAAUCAACCUCGUGGGCGUCGAGCCUCUUGAGCUUUUUGGGUGUUGGCGGCAGCGCCGAGGAGCAUCGCCCCGACACCGUGCCGUACUCUGCCGCCAACCUUCCGCGCUUCUCGCUCAUGGGUUACCUCGAGAAGAUUGAGCCGGCAAAGCACUUGAGCGUGGCGACAUGCUACGUCAACACCCACCCGGACGCCAAGUACUGGCUCCCGGGGAACCCGAUCCACGAGGCUGAGUGGGUGCGCCUUGUAGUGACCAAUGUGUACUGGGUCGGUGGCUUUGGCGAUCGCGCUUACAUUGGCUGGAUUCCGGUCGAAGAGUGGAAGGACGUGACGAGGGAAGAGUGGGAAUCUUUGCGCCUUCCAGGCGAGAAGCCCGGAUGGAAGGAGUGGAGCACUAGGGAGCUUGCGGAUCUGUGA